UUUUCGGGUUUCCUAGACGCGUUUGGUUUGCUGGACUCGCGUUGGAUUGGGGCCACAAAUACGAUCGCAACUGAAGGACGAUAAUGGCGGCUCUGAGAGAUAUUGUGUAACACCGGUGAUCAAGGUUGAAGGGUCGGUGAAGCUUCGGGGACUCUCCAAACUCAUUGUCCUCAUUCAACACCACUUCCCCCACCACCUCCAACAAGACAAACACCCCGCCACAUCAAUAAUGCCUCGACCCUCUGAAAACCGACUCGUCCUCCCCGUCUCCUUCGCCCUCCUCGAAAACAUCAAGAUCUACUUCGAAGAGAACCUCGCAAACGACGCCCUCGACCUCCUCCAACACCUCGUCAUCUCCGGCAAGAGAACCACCGCACCCCCCGGCAGCCGCCCCAACUCCGUCAUCCCACCCCCCUCAUACCUAGAUCUCAUCUCCACCCUCUCCAUCCACCCGCGCCACACCACCUACACAAAGUCGCGUGAUGACCACCAGGCCGCCUUAAAUGCCUUGGGAUACCUGCAACUCCUCCCCGCGCUAGUCAGCGUCAAGGACUCUAGGGUGGGUCAAGCCUUCCGCUUCGAAGAAGGUCGGUCGGCUGAAAUCCAACGCUGGGAGAGAGGCACAAAGAGGAAGGCGAGGGUGGCGCUUGAGGGGAGCGAGGCCGUCGCAUUCGACGACGAUGUUAUUGACCACCCCAUAGCGCGGGACAGUAUUUGGACCCAAGCAAAGGAUUUCUGGCAUGUAGUAGGGUGGGCGGUUAACUGUGCUGUUUGGCACCGCAGGAGGUGGGAGUAUUGGCAGCUGUGGUUAGAGUUUAUGAUAUUGGUUAUGGAGAGGGAUUUGGAGGAGAGGAUUGCCCUGCGCGAUGCGGGGGAAGAGGGGGAAGGGGGGAGGCCGGAGGAGUCGAUUCUGGGAAGGUUCCUGCUGCUUAAUGAGGGUGGUGAGUCGAGGCAGGUGUGGAAGAGGGCUGCGAAGGCGAUUUUUGCGGAUGGUUCGGAGAGGGCUAUGAAUGAGUUCCCUCUGGUUUGGAGGGAGGAGACGAAGGUACCCAAAGACGACGACAUGGAAAUGUACAAGGCACCGUCGAUAUACCGCGACGUCGAGGACCCUUCCAAAGACUGGCUCAGUCGCACCGGCCCAGGAGUGCGAGACCUCCGCAUCCGCCUCAUAACUCUCCUCCUCCACAUCUCCCACCAAACCCUAUCAACCUCCCUCUCCCCCUCCUCCCUCUCCGACCUCCUCGCCUCCCACAUCACCCACCUCCCCUACCCCAUCUACACCUCCCUCCUCCGCGCCUCACCGCUUGACACCCUUCCCCUCUCCUCCCUCUCCACCCUCACCCAAACAAUCGCAAGCUGGCUCAUCGACCACGCCGCGCCCGCGAACCCCGGCCCUGAUGAUGCGCCUACGCAAGACACGCUUGCGAUGUGCUUCCUCCCCUUCGCAGCUAACACCAGCUCGCUCGAGGAUAACGCCCGACUUAGUUGGGCGGUUGAGAUUUUGCAGCGUAUGUACUUCGAUGCGCACCGCGAUGAGAGUCCCACGCGCGCCUUUGUCAAGGCGGCAGAAGCGGGCAUUGCGGCGCGUGCGAAACGUGUGAGGGAUGCGAAGGUGAGGACAGGGGUGAAGGGGGAGGAGGAUGAGAUGUUUAGGCAGCAGAUGCUGGAGAGCUCGUGGAGGAUGAGGAUGUUGAUUGGGGCUGUUGAGGAGAAGAUGGUUAGGAGGAAGAAGAGGGCUGAGAAGGGGGGUGGGGGGGAGGGGGUGAAGGUGAAGGUGGAGGUGGUGGAUAAGAAUGAGGAGGUUGCGAGGGCGAAGAUGAUUUCGGAUUUGGAGGCAGAUUGGGAUACUCUGGAUUGA